AUCAGCUAUAAGUUUGUCAAAUAGUUUUCCACCUGAAGUCCAUCAACAAUGGAGUCGGAUGAGGAAAGCAAGGCGCUUAUGAAGGCCAGCUCUUGGACUACUUCUCAAAACCCUAAAAUGCAAGAGCUAGAUAAACAAAACCAAAUUGAUCACGUGAAACCAAACUACAACAUUAACACAAAUGGAAAAAGAGUUUAUGUUGAUGAUAACUUUGUUUUCCCACCAGGUUAUCGUUUUUGUCCACAUGAUGAAGAACUUAUUGUUCAUUAUCUCAAGAAAAAAGUUAUGAAUCAACUUUUACCACACGACAAAAUCAAGGAGGUUAAUCUCUAUAAGCAUAGUCCUCAGGAGCUUUCAGAGAACUAUUCAGUCCUGGGAGAAAAGGAAUGGUACUUCUUCACUCCAAGGGAUAGGAAAUAUCCUAAUGGUGAUAGGCCAAAUCGCGCUGCGGGAACAGGCUAUUGGAAGGCUACUGGAGCUGACAAGCCUAUAAAGCAAAACAACGUUAAAGUUGGAUUUCGAAAGGCUUUGGUUUUCUACGAAGGUAAACCUCCCAAAGGCGAUAAAACAAAUUGGAUUAUGCAUGAGUUCAGAGUGAAUGAAUCGCGCAGGCUCAAAACUCAUGCAUCUGACAUGAGGCUUGACGAUUGGGUUCUAUGCCGGAUUUAUAAGAAAGUUGACAAGUCAUCCUUCAAAGCUCCUCGGAAGGAGUCCGAGGAGCAUGACCAAGAAAUUGCAAGUAAAAGCAAUUCUUCAGUAGGUAAGAUGGAGAAUUGUGACUAUGAAGGGACUAUGGAUUCAUGUGGAGAAUUUGCUAGGCAACAAUUCGAGACACCUCAUCAGUAUAAUUUAAGUCUUGAUGAUCCAAAUUAUCCAAAUUUUAUCAUGGGUCCAGAUUGUUUUUCUGAUUCUGGAGCAAGAUCUUCAAACUAUGGAAUGAACCUUCCAUCAUCAUCAUUUUUUCAUGGACACAUGUUUUUGGGAUCAUGUCAAGAAAGCAACAUUUUUCCGUUGAAUUUUGAAUUCAACAACUAUCAGAAUCUGUAUGAGAACAUAGGUGAAAUUGAAUGUCACAAUGUUCUUAAUGUUGGUGUUCUUGAUGAAAACUCAUCGAUCGACAAAGAUUGAUUAUUCCAUAUCGAUCGUUUGUGACGAGGCAAGACUAUAUAUAUUAGGACCUUAAUGAUAGUUAUUAGUUCAUUAGCUUAAUUCCACAGUGUUAUUGUUUUUAUAGAUAUAUUGUUGGUUUGGACAUUUGACUCUUUAAUUUUUACUACUAAUUAACUUGUCUCGUUUUAUAUUGUA